UCGACCCACAGGGCCACCAUGGGGAAUUACCGAGCGGUUCCGACGUGGGCGCUGAGAUGGAUGGUACUAGCCGUUGGAAUAAGCUCCACACAGACAGCGGACGGACCGGUCAACAUCAUUCCUCAGAUGACCAAGAUAACCAUGACCUCAGGUGUGAGCCCUGCUCAUAACGAACGAGUCUGCAGCACAUGGGGGAACUACCACUUCAAGACCUUCGAUGGAGAUAUCUUCCAGCUGCCGUCCACCUGCAACUACAUCCUGACCUCUCAAUGCAAGGGGAGCUACGAGGACUUCAACAUCCAGAUGCGGCGGCAGGUGGAGGACGGCCAUCCUACCAUCACCAAGAUCACCAUGAAGCUGGAGGGCACGGCGGUGGAGCUGACCAACAACUCCGUCACUGUGGACGACCAGGAGGUGACUUUGCCCUACAGCCACUCUGGAGUCCUGAUCGAGAAAAACCCCUCUUACAUCAAGGUUUCAGCCAAGCUGGGACUCGUGGCCUGGUGGAAUGGGGAAGAUGCUCUCAUGAUUGAACUUGACAACAAGUACAAAAAUCAGACUUGUGGACUCUGUGGUGACUUUAAUGGAGUCCAGCUCUACAAUGAGUUCAUCAUGAACGGUGCUGAGAUAUCUCCAUCAGACUUUGGACAAUUUGCCAAGAUAGAUGCUCCAACAGAGAGCUGCACUGCUUUACCCACACCAUCAGAUGACAAGUGCACCAAACUGACGGCAGUGUGUGAGCAGCUGUUCUCAGGUCCAGCCUUCAACAGCUGCAAGGAACUGGUGCCUCUCGACUUCUUCAUCAAAGCCUGCGAGGAGGACAUGUGCCAGUGCAGCAGCAACUCCAGCUCCUUCUGCCUGUGCAGCACCCUCUCAGAGUUCUCCCGCCAGUGCGUUCACGCCGGCGGGAAACCCGGCCAGUGGAGGACUGAUCAGUUCUGCUCCAAGACAUGCCCUAACAAGAACAUGGUGCACCAGGAGUGUGGGAACCCAUGUAUCAACACCUGCUCCAACCCUGACCGAGGCCAUGUCUGUGAAAGCCACUGCAUCGACGGCUGCUUUUGUCCAGCAGGUUAUGUGCUUGAUGACCUCACCGGUAAAGGCUGCAUUGCUCAGGAACAGUGUUCCUGCACCCACAAUGGAAAGGUCUAUCAGCCUGGACAAUCCUUCACCAGCAACUGCAAAGAAUGCACAUGCACCUCUAAUCAAUGGAGCUGUAAAGAGAAAGACUGUCCUGGGACCUGCUCUGUGGAGGGAGGGUCUCAUAUCAGCACAUUCGAUGGAAAGGCAUACAAUUUCCAUGGUGACUGUACAUACGUCCUUACUAAGCAAACCAAUGGCACAGAGUUCACGGUUGUAGGAGAUCUGGUGAGGUGUGGUCUGACUGAUACAGAGACGUGUCUGAAGGCAGUCACCCUGGCCCUUUCUGGAGGAAACACUGUGUUCAGCAUCCAGCCAGAUGGAAAGGUCUUCGUCAACAGGCUCUUCUCCCAGCUGCCUCUCUCUACAGCGGGCGUGAACAUUUUCAGACCAACCACCUUUUAUAUCAUCGUCCAGACUUCAUUUGGUCUUCAGAUGGAGAUCCAGCUUGUGCCAAUCAUGCAGGUCUACAUAACUGUGGAUGUGAUUCUUAAGGGGAAGUUAAAUGGCCUGUGUGGAAAUUUUAAUGACAUGCAGAGUGAUGAUUUCACCACUGCGAGUGGAGUCUGUGAGGGAACCGGAGUAGGAUUUGCCAACAGCUGGAGGACCAGAGCUAACUGCCCUGAGGUGAAGAACAGCUUUGAGAACCCAUGCAGUCUUAGUCUGGAAAACGAGAAAUACGCUCAGCACUGGUGCUCUCUGCUGACCGACUCUAAGGGGGUUUUUGCUCCAUGCCACAACGAGAUCAGCCCUGAUAUCUACCAAAAGAACUGCAUAUACGACACCUGUAACUGUGAGAACAGCGAGAGCUGCAUGUGUGCAGCGCUGUCGUCGUAUGUUCAUGCUUGUGCUGCUAAAGGGAUCUAUCUCACCGGCUGGAGGAGCGAAGUCUGCACGAAGUAUACCACCUGCCCCAGCACCAUGGUCUACUCCUAUGACGUUCAGAACAGUACCCAGUCCUGCCGCUGCCACAGUGACCCAGACUUCACCUGCGCUGCCACCUUCGAGCCGGUAGACGGCUGCGUCUGCGCCUCUGGAAUGUAUCUCGAUGAAGGUGGAAAGUGUGUCUCACCCAGUAAAUGUUCCUGCUACUAUAAAGGAUCAGUGAUUCCCCCUGGAGAGGUCAUCAGUAAAGAUGGCGCCAUGUGCACCUGUAAGAAUGGCCAGCUCAGUUGCAUUGGACAUUCCACAGACCAACCAACUUGCUCCUCACCGAUGGUGUUCUUCAACUGCUCCAGCACGGCACCUGGAUCCACAGGCUCCGAGUGCCAGAAGAGCUGCAACAACCUGGACAUGUCCUGUAUCAGUACUGAGUGUAUCUCGGGCUGUGUUUGCCCCGCUGGCCUCGUCUAUGAUGGGAACGGAGGGUGCAUUAAGGAGGAACUGUGCCCCUGCGUCCACAACAGUGUUCUUCACCAACCUGGAGAGUCCAUCAAAGUCGACUGCAAUACCUGCACAUGCAAAGACAGGAAAUGGCAGUGCACUGAUAACCCGUGCUAUGGAACCUGCACAGCUUAUGGUGACGGACAUUACAUCACAUUCGAUGGGAAAAGAUAUACCUUUGAUGGAGACUGUGAAUACACCCUUGUCAGAGAUCACUGUGGUCACACUAAUGCCAGCGCUACCUUCAGAGUCAUCACUGAAAACAUUCCCUGUGGAACCACCGGCACAACCUGCUCCAAGGCUAUCAAGCUCUUCCUUGGGAGGAACGAGCUCAUACUGACAGAUGGAAGCUAUCAAGUUGUCCAAAGAGAUCAGGGUGAUGAAAUUCCUUACCAGAUCCGAGUAAUGGGAAUCUAUCUGGUGAUAGAGACCAAUAAUGGCGUGAUUCUUAUGUGGGACCGGAAAACAAGCAUAUUUAUCCAGCUGAAUCCAGAAUACAAGGGUGCUGUCUGCGGUCUUUGUGGAAAUUAUGACGGCAAUUCAAAGAAUGACUUCACCUUGAGGAACCAAGGAGUGGUGAACAAUGCGCUGGACUUUGGAAACAGCUGGAAGGAUUCAUCCAGCUGCCCGAGUGCAAAGAGCAUCCAAAACCCCUGCUCCUUUAACCCCUACAGGCAGGCCUGGGCUGAAAAACAGUGCAGCAUCAUCAAGAGUGAUGUUUUUAAAGCCUGUCACUCACAAGUGGAUCCUACUCCGUAUUAUGAUGCUUGUGUGUGGGAUUCGUGUGCUUGUGAUACUGGAGGAGACUGUGAGUGUUUCUGCACUGCUGUCGCAGCCUACGCUGAAGCCUGUAAUGAGGGUGGAGACUGUGUUGCUUGGAGAACUCCUAAUUCCUGCCCACUCUUCUGUGAUUACUACAACCCUCCUGGUGAGUGUGAGUGGCACUACAAACCAUGUGGCGCCCCCUGUAUGAAGACCUGCAGGAAUCCCUCUGGCACAUGUUCCAGUCAGAUACCUCCACUGGAAGGCUGUUAUCCAAAAUGUCCUGCUGACCAGCCAUACUUUGAUGAGGACCAAAUGAAGUGUGUUGACAACUGUGGCUGCUAUGACAAGGAAGGAAACCAUUACACUGAUGGAGAGAAUGUUCCCACCACAGAAAACUGUCAGACAUGCUCUUGCCAUUCUAUGACAAUUGACUGCAAAAAAGAGCAAAAAGCCUGUACCUGCCCUUACCUUGGGAAGAAAUAUCCCUUUGGAAGCAUUAUCUACAAUACCACUGAUGGGAAUGGCCACUGUAUGCUAGCUACAUGUGGAGAUGAUGGCAAAAUCGAAAGGAACAUGUUUCCUUGUUCAACACCAGCCCCAACCACAUCACAAUCCACUCCAACAACUGCAUUUAACUUCUCCACGACAGCACCAGUUUCAACUAUGCAAACUAGUACUCACACAACACCUCAGUCAACCACUACGUGCCAGCAAUCAUGUUCGUGGUCACAAUGGUUUGAUUCAACAUUCCCCACCCCUGGUCCCAAUGGAGGCGACUCUGAAACAUACAACAAUAUAAGAGCAGCAGGCUAUAAGAUCUGCGAUAAACCAAGUGAAAUUCAGUGCCGUGCUGAAAAGUAUCCAAAUAAAAGUAUAAGUGAAGUUGGGCAGGUUGUGGAAUGCAAUGUCAAAGAAGGCUUGAUAUGCAAAAAUGAUGAUCAAUCUGGUCCGUUUCCACUAUGUCUGAACUACCAAAUGCGAGUUUACUGCUGUGAUAACGAGCAAUGCCAAACAGCUCCACCACAAACAACAACACAAAAACUAACAACCACAGCAAAGACAACCCAACGCCGUUGUGAAGUCUGCUCUUGGACCAAAUGGAUAAAUGUUGAUUAUCCAGAAUAUGGACCAAAUGGGGGUGACAAUGAUACAAUCAAAAACAUCAUCAAGUCAGGAAUCAACAUUUGUGAAAAACCAGCUGAAGUCAAGUGUCAAGCAGUGCGCUACCCAGGUGUUCCUUUAUCAGAGUUGGACCAGAAUGUUACUUGCAAUGACGAAGGUUUGCUUUGUGAAAACAAAUACCAAACUAUAAUAUGCCUUGACUAUGAGAUAAAAAUCAGAACAUUGUACAACAACUCCAACAACCACUCCAACAACAUCUCCCACAACCACUCCCACAACAACUCCAACGACAACUCUAACUACAACUACAACAACCACAACUACAAAAACAACCACUCCAACAACAACUACCACAACUCCCACCACAACCUUACCUCCAACUUGCGAACCUUGCCACUGAUCAGAACAUUGUACAACAACUCCAACAACCACUCCAACAACAUCUCCCACAACCACUCCCACAACAACUCCAACGACAACUCUAACUACAACUACAACAACCACAACUACAAAAACAACCACUCCAACAACAACUACCACAACUCCCACCACAACCUUACCUCCAACUUGCGAACCUUGCCACUGAUCAGAACAUUGUACAACAACUCCAACAACAACUCCGACAACCACUCCAACAACCACUCCAACAACAACUCCAACUACGACUUCAACAACAACUCCAACAACAACUCCAACAACAACUCCAACUACAACAACCACAACUACAACUACAGCAACUACAACUACAGCAACAACCACUCCAACAACAACUCCCACCACAAGCUUACCUCCAACUUGCGAACCUUGCCACUGAUCAGAACAUUGUACAACAACUCCAACAACAACUCCGACAACCACUCCAACAACCACUCCAACAACCACUCCAACAACAACUCCAACUACGACUUCAACAACAACUCCAACAACAACUCCAACAACAACUCCAACUACAACAACCACAACUACAACUACAGCAACUACAACUACAGCAACAACCACUCCAACAACAACUCCCACCACAAGCUUACCUCCAACUUGCGAACCUUGCCACUGAUCAGAACAUUGUACAACAACUCCAACAACAACUCCAACAACCACUCCAACAACCACUCCCACAACAACUCGAACAACCACUCCAACAACAACUCCUACAACAACUCCAACGACAACUCCAACUACAACAAAGACAACUACAACUACAACAACCACAACUACAACAACCACUCCAACAACAACUCCCACCACCACAACAACAACCCCAAGCACAACCUUAUCCCCAACUUGCGAACCUUGCCACUGAUCAGAACAUUGUACAACGACUCCAACAACCACUCCAACAACAACUCCAACUACAACUUCAACAACCACAACUACAUCUACAACAAUGACCACUCCUACAACCACAACAACAACUCAAACCACAACCUUACCUCCAACUUAACAUUGUACAACAACAACACCACCAACCACUCCAACACCAACUCCAACAACCACUCCAACAACCACUCCAACAACAACCACCACAACAUCAACCACAAGCUUACCUCCAACUUGCGAACCUUGCCAUUGAAUGGUGAAAGUAUUCCAGAUGGAAAAUGCUCCAAUAUCACAUGCAUCAAUGGAUCAAUCGUGCAUGAGCAUAUGCACUGUGCGCCUGCACAUUUGCCUGUUUGCGUCAACAACCACCCACCAGUGAAAGUGACUGAUGAUUCUGGGUGCUGCUCCACUUAUGAGUGCCAGUGUGUCUGCAGUGGUUUUGGAGACCCACAUUACAUCACCUUUGAUGGAACUUACUAUCCAUUCCAAGGAAACUGCUCCUAUGUCCUGGUCAAGGAGAUACAUCCAAAAUACAACUUCAGUGUCAUCAUUGACAAUGUUUACUGUGAUUCUGAAGAUGGCCUCUCCUGUCCUAAAUCACUGACAGUGCACUACAAAUCCUUCGAGAUUUUCAUGGCACAGAACAUUUCUAAUGGAAUUGUCACAAACCUGAUUGAUAUAAACGGGAAGCGAGUGCUGCUGCCAUUUGAAAACAGUGAUUUCCGAAUAACAGACAACGGCAUUGAAUCACUGGUGGUGAUACCAGCCAUUAGCGCACAGGUCACCUUUACUGGAAUGAUGUUUUACAUCAGUCUCCCCUGGCAGAAGUUCCAUGGCAACACUGAGGGACAAUGUGGAACCUGUGAUAAUAACCGCACUGAUGACUGCCGCCUACCAAAUGGCACCAUUCUAACAUCAUGUGAGAAGAUGGCACCCCACUGGCAUGUUCAUAAAAAUGACAGCUACUGCCCACCAUCUCCAACACCAGAACCACCAAUCCAGUGUCCUAAUUACACAAUCUGUGAAAUUCUUAGUAGCAAGGUCUUUGAGAAAUGCCACAAGGUUGUCCCUUACGAGCCUUUCAUGAAGGGCUGCAACUACGACAUAUGCCACACAAACAAAACGUCAUUUGGCUGCACCAGCUUGCAGAUGUAUGCAGAGGAGUGCUCUAUGGCAGGAGUCUGCAUAGACUGGAGACCGGAAACACGAGGAAAAUGUGAAUUCAGGUGCGAAUCCCCCAGAGUAUACAAAGCCUGCGGUCCUCAGAUUGAAGAAACUUGUGAUGCAAGAUUUAACCUGAGGUUUUUAAGUGAGCCAAGUGAGUUCAGUGCACUGGAAACCAUGCGCUGGGAGGGAUGCUACUGUCCAACUGGCACAACAUUGUUGAGCCCAUUCAUAGAUGCCUGUGUUAAUAACAGCUGUUCAUACUGCAUUUUGCCAAAUAAACAGUGGAAACCGGCUGGUGCGAUAUGGACACUAAACAACGGAUGUGAGAUUUGCACAUGUGUGCCAGAGACCCUGAACGUGUUCUGUGAGGCUCCAGUAUGUCCUACACAAAAACCAGUGACCUGUGACAAGGAGGGUCAGGUCCAGAUCACAGAGACAGUGGGUUGCUGUAAGAACACCACAUGUGUGUGUAAUAGCAGUUUAUGUCAGAGUAAGAAGCACAGCUGCCCUGUUGGAUACACACCAGAGGUUGUAAUGGGAGUCUGCUGUCCAGAAUACGGAUGUGUACCUACUACAAACAUCUGCCUGUUCAAUAAUACUGAGUACCAGCCUGGUACCCCUGUACCUAUGAAACAAUGUGAGCGCUGCGUAUGUUCUGAUAAAAUGGAUUCCCAAGGUAACUGGAACACAAUUGAGUGUCAACCUCUUCCAUGUGACACAUACUGCCCACUGGGAUACGAGUACCAGUUAUCUCCAGGCCUUUGCUGUGGAACCUGUGUUCAGACGAGCUGCGUGGCCACGUGGGGCAACGUCACCCAAACCAUUAAGCCUGGUCAAAUCUGGACUCCACCCACUGAUAAAUGUUUGAAGUUCGAGUGCAUGAAGAUUGGGACGCAGUUCAUCGUAAUUGAAGCCAAACUCGUCUGCCCACCGAUUAAUGAAGACGACUGCAUUCCUGGAACAAUAGUUGUUGGUCUUGAUGGCUGCUGCAUCACCUGCAUAAACAAGACUGACCACUGUGGCGUCAGCAAAACCUCCACAUACCUCGAGAGCAACGGCUGCAAGACUGCCAACCUGGUGGAGAUGACGACUUGCAAAGGCUCUUGUACCACGUCCUCCAUGUACUCAGUGCAAGCCAGAACAAUCCAGCACUCCUGCUCCUGUUGUCGUGAAAUGGUCACCAGCCAGAGACAGGCAGAACUUAUCUGUCCAGAUGGAAAGAAGGUCGUUCACACGUAUCUCUACAUUGAGAAGUGCGGCUGCCUCGAGACAGAAUGUGCGGAGACGGCUUCUGUCAGGCAGAGGCGUAGGCGGCGGUGAUCAAGUGUGCAACAUGCUCAGCCUUCUUAAAUCAAAGUUAAUCUAUUUAUGACUUUAUUUACAGUUUAGUUUACUUAACUGAAUCACUGAACAUCUUUACUUUUUGUUUCUCUUACUUACUGUUUCUUUUCUGAAGCUUAAAAUUCAAAUAAAUAUCAAGCAAUUAA